AUGACCUUGACUACGUUCCACGACACGGGAUGGUCCAUUCAGUCGCCCCCGCAAGUCCCCGCACAUGCCAGUCCAGUCCAAAAAAAGGGACGUCGGCAAACGGGAACUCCGUGGACUCGCUCCGGCUGUCUGACAUGUAAGAAGCGUCGCAAAGGGUGCGACAAGGCUAAGCCGAACUGCAAUAAUUGCCUCAAACAAGGCCGCAAGUGUGAGGGCUAUGGCGAUCUUUGGGUGGCACCGCUUGGCCCUUCGGCUCAGGUUUUCAUGCAGGCGGAUGCACCGAAGCGGCGGCUGACCAGCUCGACUCCUCCGCAUUUACCAUCACCCCCGCCGUCGGUAUCUCCAUAUUCAGAUGCAUCGCAAGAUGCGCGCUUAUCGCCAGUUUCGUUGGGCUGGUCUGUCCCGCCUUCGCCCCAACGGAUCGUUGAGACCGAGGCGGAAGAGACUGCCCAGGACCAAGACGUCAAUGGAACGACUGGAUCGACCUCACAGAAUGCAUUAUCAGUCAUCCUACGACCUCGCGGGUAUCCUAACCAUCUUUCGGGCCAUGAAUCUCACUAUCUACAAUAUCAUGUUGAGUAUGGCUCCAAGCUUCUCGCCAAUCUCGAAAGUGAUGACAACCCACUUCGGUCAUUGCUCAUCCCGUAUGCUAUGUCAUCUCCCCUCUUGAUGAAGGCUGUUUGUGCAGUCUCGGCGCUUCAUCUCGCGAACCGUUCGCAGGAGUUCAGUGCACAGAAUGCUGCAGCAACCUUCUACGGCCGGACUCUCAGCGGGCUCCAGACAGUCCUUGCUAAAUGCCCCACCAAUGUACUACCUGAUGAUGCUAUGCUCGCAGUCGGCUUGAUGUGCAAGUACGAAAUUGUUCGCGGCAGCGUCAAGCAGUGGGUUGUGCAUCUCUCCGCCAUGCAGCGUCUCAUCGCAUCUCGUGGUGGUCUCGGUUCAAUGGACCCAGAUGCAGCACAGUUCCUCCGAGGAUUGUUUGUCUAUGCGUAUAACAUGGCCCGGAUCAGCAACCGCAAGCGCAUCACGUUUUCUGACCCCACAGACACCGAUAUCAGUUCCCCAAAACUGGAUAUCUAUAUCGGCUAUACUGAAGAGAUUCUCAAACUAUGUGGACGUAUCGCAGAGCUACCGUCACUGCAGGACGACAACAUUUCCCUGCGUCUGGCCAUAGCAUCCAUAAACGACUCCCUCCUAACGUGGACUCCCACUUCCAUCCGCUAUAUCAUUCCACGGGGCAUCACACCUGCGGCCCUAACCCGUCUCCAGCUCGUCGCCGAGUGCUUCCGCGAUGCAGCCUUCGUCUAUCUCCACUCCACUCUCGAGCGCAUGAGCAUGAAUUCCGAUCAUUUUAAAGCCCCAACAAACCAUCCGGAUGCAUUGUCCCCCGCAUGCCUCUUUGAAAACAGCCCAUACAUCACAGAAUGGGCCCCUCUAAUCUCAACCCCCAAAUCAACCGCCAUAUACCGCUGCCUCGCACGCGUGGAAUCCUUCCCCCUCGAUGACCACUGCGAGUAUUCGGCUCUUACAUUCCCCCUCUUCAUCUCGGGCUGUGAGAGCGACGUCUUCGCUCACCGUGAUCUCAUAAUUCGCUCCUUGGGCAAGUUGCAAUUCAACUUCGGCAUCGGAAACGUCGAGCGCGCAAAGGAGGUGCUUCGUGUUCUGUGGGCGAGGCAGGAUGCCAACGCACAAGAUGUAGCAGCCGGAGGCAGUGCCUCGAGAAAAACGCACUGGGUUGAUAUCCUGGAGGAGUUGCAGUGGGAGUUGAUUCUCGCAUAG